AUGGCCAGAGACAAAUCCCGAAAACACAUGAGUGGCAAGCGUCAUUCGAGUGUGACGCCACAAAAGCCCAACAGCCUCACGCAAGACAUUGUCGAUCUCACCAAAACCGAUCCAUGGGCUCACCAGGCCAGACGGGCACGAUCAAUCGCGCCUGUCGCACCGGGCUCGGGUUCCAAGCUGACACCACUUUCACCGGCGUUCUCAGGAAGGAAGACUCUAGACGGUGGACCAGCAUCACGUCUGACGACCAGGAUCGACGUCCCCCAGGAUCCGAAGUCGAACCCUACCUACAUCUUCCAGCAGCUGUCGUUGGCGAAGAAUCGGGCGAACACUCGACCUUCCUUCUUUGGGGCUCUGGGCACAGACGAUGGUGAAGCUUCGGGUAGGAGUGACAUCACCGAGCGCGACAGUACUCCAACUCCAGGCCACAAAGGGGCGAGGGAGAAAGAUAAGUCCAAGAAAAAGAGGAAGACUAGUGAAGGGAAUAGCAAGGAUAGGCUGCAAGACAGAGAGAAUGAAAAGAGGCCGGCGGAUACAGCAAAGGGUCAACAUCAACAUCACGAGAAAGAGGCCAGACAGCGAGAGGACAAGAAGAAACGUAAGGACGACAAGAAAAAGAAACAGCUGGCCAGACCCACGGAGGCACAGCCAGUUGCCACAUCCGAGUCGAGGAAACGUAAACGCGAGAAUGAGGAGGCCGAAGCGUUCAAACGCCGAGUCGAAGUCGAAGCUAAUGCGGUCAAGAGACUUCGCGAAAGUCUUCCAAGCGUCCGCCUCGAUCGCGUGUUCCGCAGACUUGAACGCGAGGAAGGUAUGACACCGACCGAGAUGGCUGUGCUACUCGUCACCGCUAGGGAAACAAUCAUCGACUUUGCGAGGCAGCAGGUCUUGCAAACUGAGAGGGCGCAAAAGACUAUUCAGGACGAGUUGUUGAGAGUACUGAAAGAACAGAAUGAGAGGCUUGCCGAGCUGGAGGGAAAGACCAAAUCCAGAGCGGCUCAGGUGUUAGCGGGACCUGGUCGGGAGGAGGAAGUCGAGGUGAUCGACGACACUUCUUCUUCUUCCUCUUCUGACGACGACAGCAGCAGCAGCGACGAGGACAGUGUGCAGAAGUCAUGCGUCGGAAAGAAAGCCAACAAUCCGUCGCCACAGCAGAAAGCUCUUGACAGAUGCCCAACUCAGUAA